AUGAACAUUGAGAUCAGCAUGAACGGGCUAAUCACUGAUGGAGCGGUGCAUCGGGCGUUGCAGCCAUUAAGGCGUCCCGCAGCAGUGGAAGAGGAGCAGGUACACCUGAUGGCUGAAUCAGAACAGCGGGCCGCCGAACAAAGCUUCAGCAUUGUCCCGCCCUAUCGUGAGUUUGGAUACAACGUAAACUCCAUUUUGUGGAUAUUCAACGCCAUGAACACUGGUGUUCGGUUGUUAUCGGGUCACCACUUGUUGAGUCUAUGGGACCGAUUCCAGAGGAUUCGGAGUAUGUGCGAUGCGAGUCUUGUCUCAGCCCCAUACACACUUCUUCAAGUGGGAGUCCUUGUGAUGAGGCAUGUGGCCUCCAACGAUCUGGACUUUCUCAGCUUGAUUAUGAAUUCCAGAUUUGGAGUUGAAGCGUUAUACGUGCCAUGUGGUGAUCGGGACCGAACAGAUUUGAAGCGCCGGCCAAAGAGGGCACUGAAUCCUGAGAGAACGGAAGAGGUUUGGCGCUGUGAGGCGUUAGUUCGUAGUGCUAACGUCUACUGCGUCCACAAUAUGGACGAUGCCGGCUGUGAGCAAGACAACUACAGGUUUGAGUCCCUGGAAACAAAAGAUGUCCUGCGGGAGCACCCGCACUACUCCUAA